UAUAGAUUUCAAGUCUAUGUUGUCUGUGGUUAAAAAUUGAAGUACCUUCGCUUUUGUAGUCGCAUUUUCAGCGUUAUCAUGGCUAAAAUGUUAUUCUAAUAAAAAGACGUGCCUCAAUAAUCGUCGUAAAUACGUGCAGUGAUAAGACAAUUAGAUAUUUUAUACAGUUAUAUGAUUACUUGCUCUCAUUUGUCAAAUUGUGCUAGACCGCAUAUUUAAAAUGGCAGCCCUACCACGUAGAAUAAUCAAAGAGACACAGCGACUGAUGCAGGAGCCUGUGCCGGGAAUCAGCGCGGUGCCCAGCGAAACCAAUGCUCGUUAUUUUCAUGUAAUCGUCACCGGCCCAGAAGACUCACCUUUUGAAGGAGGACUAUUUAAAUUAGAAUUGUUUCUACCAGAGGACUAUCCCAUGUCAGCGCCUAAGGUUAGGUUUAUAACGAAAAUAUACCAUCCGAACAUAGAUCGGCUUGGUCGUAUAUGCUUGGACAUACUGAAGGACAAGUGGAGCCCUGCACUGCAGAUCCGUACAGUGCUGUUGUCUAUCCAGGCGCUACUGUCGGCGCCUAACCCUGACGAUCCCUUGGCAAACGACGUGGCUGAGCUUUGGAAGGUGAACGAGGGGGAAGCGAUUAGAAAUGCAAAGGAGUGGACACGGAGAUACGCGAUGGACAACUGAGCGCCUGUGCUGCCCGCACACACCCAUCAGUGCCUCCCACGCGCGCGACUCGAGGUGCGAAACUAACAGAUAUCAUGAUUUUAAGAGUGCAAGUUAUGUUAUACACCUUAGACCGAAUAACUUGUGAAGAGACAAUUGUGGAUAAAUUUUUAUUAUUAGUGGGAACCCAUGCGGCACGCCGGUCGGUGCCGCGGCCCACGCUCGCUCAGGCCCUCCCUGCAUCUCUACGUAGCCUCGCCCUUCGGUCCGGAGCGGCUGCUUCGAAGAUCCAACCGAUAAUUGUUUACCCAUUCACAUGUAGCUUCGUUACAAUAUUAGGUAUGCAUAUUUUUUUACUAUCAUUAAAAUAGCAAAUAUAAUAAAUAUCUGGAGACUUAAAAUGUAUAUAUUUCAUGGUUACAAAUUUGGUUAAUUUUAUACAAAGGAUAGCGUGUACUGUCACAAAGUUAAUGUCUUUGUAAGUGUUGUGUCAACACCGCCCCUUGAUUGAGUGCAGAAUAUUGCUUAAUUAAUUAUAUCAGUUUUCUGAUCUCUAGUGAUUCUGAAUGUAAUUUAAUUUUCUCUUAUAGAAUGUGAAAGCAUAUUAGCCAUUUUGUUUUUCACAGGAUAAGCUACAUCAACAUGAUUUCACUAUGAAUCUUUUGUGUACUAUUUACGUCUUGUAUAAAAGUUAUCAUUAAAUUGUAUUUAUGUAAAUUUAAUUUGGCUUUGU